CAGCCUCGCCCCAGCUCUUCCUAAGCCGCGGCUCUCCCGAAUCUUCCUCCCAGAACUCGUUCAUUGAGGUGUUUAUCCCCACCUCUACCUCCGAGUCUCUGUUUUUUCUCCUCCACACAUAGCAAUCAUGCUUCCGGCCACGCGAUCUGCGGCCUCAAUGGCCCUCCGAGUCAAACCUGCCUCUGCGCUGAUGCCCUUCCGAGCCGCCGCCGCCUUCACAACAACAUCCCAAAAGGAUGCCACCUCGUUGACCCCCCACUCGCCCAGCUUCGGCAAGAUUCGCAAGGAAGUCCCCCUCCCCAGCGAAGAGGGCACCAAGGGCGUCAUCCAAUACGCGCUCACCUCCCUCGACAUCAUCGCCAACUGGGCCCGCCAAUCCUCCCUCUGGCCCAUGACCUUUGGUCUCGCCUGCUGCGCCGUCGAAAUGAUGCACCUCUCCACCCCGCGAUACGACCAGGAUCGUCUCGGAAUCAUUUUCCGUGCCUCCCCCCGUCAGUCCGACGUCAUGAUCGUGGCCGGCACCCUCACCAACAAGAUGGCCCCGGCCCUGCGCCAGGUCUACGAUCAGAUGCCCGAACCCCGAUGGGUCAUCUCCAUGGGCAGCUGCGCCAACGGCGGCGGCUACUACCACUACAGCUACAGCGUCGUCCGCGGCUGCGACCGCAUCGUCCCCGUCGACAUCUACGUCCCCGGAUGCCCGCCCACCAGCGAGGCCCUCAUGUACGGAAUCUUCCAGCUGCAGAGGAAGAUGCGCAACACCAAGAUUAGCCGAAUGUGGUACAGGCGGUAAAUGUUGGAGAGAGUGAGGGUGGAGAGAUUGAAGGUGCAAUAUAUGCAAGGAAGACGGGAAAAGGAAAAAGAUGGGGGGUUAAAUUGGCAUUAUGUGAUUUUGAACGGAUACGGAGAAUACUGAAGAGUAUGGAGAUGAAAAUCACUUUUCCAAAAGGGGCAUGGAUAUUCAAACCAUGGGAAAUGACGGAAUUGUCUAGGCAAAAAGUUCCGAGUUAAACCCCAGACGCAGGAAGAAGCGGUAUCAUACAUUGGCUCGGUAUUUAAUUUUUUUUUACCAUGUUUUCUCAAAAUCUGUGUAUAUAUACACUCUGGGCUGCCAUGAGGUUAGAGGUGUUAGUGUAGAGUAUCUGCCCAAAGAAAUACCGUACCAAUACUAAGAGCUGAUU